CUUAUCAACGGAAACUUUUCUGAUGGCUCUGUGUCGAUUCAUCUCCAGACGCGGACCAAUUAAAGAAAUGCACAGUGAUUGCGGAACCAAUUUCACAGGAGCGGCUAAAUUACUCCAGCCUGUCGAUCAAUUCACCCGUUCCAAGGAGUAUCAACACCAGUGUCAAGCUUACUUAACAGCUCGGAACAUCCGUUGGCAUUUCAACCCCCCGUCCGCUCCUCAUUUCGGAGGAUUAUGGGAAGCUGGGGUCAAGUCCGUAAAAACGCUACUUUACCGAACUCUUGGGCUUCAACGACUGACAUAUGAAGAACUGAACACAUUGCUGAGUCGUAUCGAAGCUACAUUAAACUCUCGUCCGUUGGGUGCCUUGAGUUCAGAUCCAUCAGACUUUGAGGCCCUCACUCCGAGUCAUUUUCUCACCCUCAUGACUAGUACCGCAAAUGUUGAACCCAACCUGGAUAAUAUUCCUUUAUCUCAUUUUCAGAGGUGGAGACUGAUCAAGGACCUCCACACCCAUUUCUGGAAAAGAUGGCAAAAUGAAUACCUACAAACUCUCCAACAGCGUACCAAAUGGACAAACCAUAGUGACAACUUGACACCCAAUAUGUUAGUCCUAGUUCGAGAGCCCACAUCUCCACUGCUCUGGAAACUCGGACGGAUUCUCUCGUUGUCUCCCGGUCAGGAUGGGAUUGCUCGAGUUGCUACUGUUCAAACCACCACCGGAAUCAUUAAGAGACCAAUUGUGAAGCUUUGUCCACUUCCAGUCUGUUAAAUGCUGGACGCAUUCAAGGCGGGCAGGAUGUCUACGCCACCCGUUUCU